AUGACGUCAUCGCCGGACUACAACUAUACUGCAAAAUCUGAAAUGUUUAGAGAAUUGGACAUCUCUCAGAUUAAUGAGUCAAAUCCAUUGACAAAAUUAGUACAUAAUCAGAGAAUUGUAGAGGUUCCAGAAUUGGAAUUGGAAUCAGGUAUUACCAUCAGAAACUUCCCAAUUGCCUAUAAAACUUGGGGCAGACUUAACGAAAAUGGUGAUAACUGUAUUGUCAUCUGCCAUGCUUUGACUGGCUCCUCUGAUGUCUCUGAUUGGUGGAACCCAUUGUUAGGCCAGGAUAAAGCUUUUGAUCCUUCAAGGUUUUUCAUCAUUUGUUUAAAUUCAAUGGGCUCUCCUUACGGGUCUUUCUCCCCUUUGACUAUAAAUGAAGAAACAGGAACACCAUAUGGUCCAGAGUUCCCAUUAUGCACUGUCCGUGAUGAUGUGCGAGCCCAUAAGUUAGUAUUGGAUUCUUUGGGAAUUAACCAAAUAGCUUGUGUCAUCGGAGGCUCUAUGGGCGGGAUGCUAGCUCUGGAAUGGGCUGCUAUUUAUGGAACUUCAUACGUCAAAAAUUUAGUAGCUUUGGCAACAUCUGCAAGACAUUCUGCUUGGUGUAUCUCCUGGUCAGAAGCUCAAAGACAAGCAAUAUAUUCCGAUCCAAAGUAUUUGGAUGGUUAUUACCCUUUCGAUGACCCCCCAGCUUCAGGCUUAUCCGCCGCCAGAAUGUCAGCAUUGCUGACUUACCGUUCAAGAAAUAGUUUCGAAAGUAAGUUCUCUAGAAGAACCCCUUCGAAUGACCAACAGUUAAAAAGUGGGAGUGCCAGACCGAAAAUUCAACCUUCCUCGGUAAGCGAACACUCUUUGACUAUCCAUAACGAUGGUAUUAUGAACCAUACCUGCAACGGAUCUUGUAAAAAAAAUAAAGAUGCCUCAUCAUCUUCUCCUUCUAUGUCUCCAAGAACUUCAGUCACUUCGAUAUCUUCAUCGACUUCAUUGAGCUCCACUCAUGCCGAGUUAAAAGAGGUUAAACCUGCUCAGACGUACUUCUCUGCUCAAAGCUACCUGCGUUAUCAAGGUGCUAAAUUUAUUAACAGGUUUGAUGCUAAUUGUUAUAUUGCAAUUACUCGUAAAUUAGAUACUCACGAUUUGGCCCGUGACAGAACCGAGUAUGAUGAGGAUAUAACAAGAGUAUUAAGCUCUAUGCAACAACCUUCUUUGAUCAUUGGUAUAAAUUCAGAUGGUCUAUUCACUUUUUCAGAACAAGAAUUAUUGGCUGAUUAUAUUCCUAAUUCAUCUUUGAAGAAAAUUGAAUCUCCGGAAGGCCACGAUGCAUUCUUAUUAGAGUUCAAUUUGAUUAAUGAUUACAUCAAAGAUUUCUUGCAAACAAACCUUCCUGAAAUUGUCAACAGUGCUCCUCAUCAAUGGUCUGGUACCCUUGGAGAAGAGCCUGUUGUGAACUCCGUUUUUGGUGAAGCUGAAGAUGUCACCAACUGGUAG